GAGCGGGAAGAGGAAGAAGAUUCAGGCGGCGCGAGGCGAGCACUGGGUAACGUGCCGAGGAGAGCCCAAGCGGCUAGCCUGCGGGAGCGCAGCUCGCCCGCGCGACCUCCAGGGGCUGCCCCUUCUUGCAUGCCCGGGAGAUUCCGCUAGGGGGCGACAGUGCCCCGUCCCUGUGUCCCUACUACCCUUGUGACCCCCAGGACUGAUGAAGACACAUCUUUUAGGAAUUAAGUCUGACCCGCCUUGGGGCGAGGGGACGUGCGCAGGCAAAGGUUGCCCAAUUUGGCAGAGUCUUUUCAUUCCUUCUCUACACCGGCUUGUGUGAGAACCUUGACUGUGCCGGGCUGGAAGACCUUACUUCCUAAGGCGCAGAAGGCACCGGCUUGGCUAACAAGGAUCCCAGCUCUGGGCCCGCGUGUUGGUGCCAAAGUCUCGCUGGAGGACUUUACAGAUCUGGCCUUACCUGGGAGUGUCACUUUCCCGGCGUUCUUGCCUCUUAAGGGAGUGAGAGGGAGGGAAGGUCCUUAGGGCGGGGAAAAUGCGCCCUUUGCCGCCUGCUUUGCUUACCAUCCGCAACGGCAGCUUUAGGCUCGCUGGGUCGACAUGGGAAGGCUGGUGAGCGAGUGCGCCUUGAGACGAGUUCGCCACACGCCGACUUCCCGGGGCACGGGUGGCCGCCAAAGGCGCGGCCUCUCCCGGACUGCUGCCGGGAGCUCGCAUUUGGCACCUCCGAGCGCCCCAAGCAACACAGCGCGGAAGCCUUCGCCAGUGUGCUUGAAGGACUCGUUCCCCCAGGAUCGCCACGACGCGAGCAGCAAUGGGAACCCGCGCAUCCCCCACCUCUCUUCUGCGGGACAACAUCUGUACAGUCCGGCGCCGCCUCUUUCGCACACCGGGGUUGCGGAGUACCAGCCUCCUCCUUACUUCCCGCCUCCCUACCAGCAGCUGGCGUACUCGCAGUCAGCCGACCCUUACUCGCACCUGGGAGAGGCUUACGCCGCCGCCAUCAACCCCCUGCACCAGCCUGCCGCCACCGGCAGCCAACAGCAAACCUGGCCCGGUCGACAGAGCCAGGAGGGUGCUAGCCUGGCCUCACACCACGGGCGCCCUGCAGGCUUGCUACCCCACAUUUCUGGGCUGGAGGGGGGCGCGGUGAGCGCCCGGCGGGAAGCUUACCGCCGUUCCGACCUGCUACUGCCUCACGCGCACGCCCUGGAAGCCGCUGGUUUGGCGGAGAACCUGGGGCUGCACGAGAUGGGUCACCCCAUUGAGGACGUGCAGAACGUGGAUGAUCCGCACCUGCUUCUACACGAUCAGACUGUCAUUCGCAAAGGACCCAUUUCAAUGACCAAGAACCCUUUGGGCAUCCCCUGCCCAAAGGACCUAGUGGGAGCUGUCAUGAACCCCAGCGAGGUGUUCUGCUCUGUCCCUGGAAGACUCUCCUUGCUCAGCUCCACGUCUAAGUACAAAGUGACAGUGGCUGAGGUACAGAGGCGACUGUCACCACCCGAAUGCCUAAACGCCUCGCUCCUGGGAGGUGUUCUCAGAAGAGCAAAAUCCAAAAACGGAGGCCGGUCCUUGCGAGAGAAGUUGGACAAAAUUGGUCUAAAUCUUCCAGCUGGGAGACGGAAAGCUGCCCAUGUCACCCUGCUCACUUCUCUCGUGGAAGGCGAAGCUGUCCACUUGGCACGGGACUUUGCCUAUGUCUGCGAAGCUGAGUUUCCCAGUAAAGCAGUGGCUGACUAUUUAACAAGACCACAUCUUGGGGGACGAAAUGAGAUGGCCACGCGGAAGAGCAUGUUGUUGGCAGCACAGCAAGUGUGCAAAGAAUUCACAGACCUUCUCCAUCAAGACCGGACACCCAAUGGGAACAGCAGGCCCACCCCAGUCUUGGAGACGAACAUACAAAACUGCUUGUCUCAUUUCAGCCUGAUCACUCAUGGCUUUGGCAGCCAGGCCAUCUGUGCCGCCAUAUCUGCGAUGCAGAAUUACAUCAAGGAGGCUCUAAUCACCAUCGACAAAUCCUACAUGAAUCCUGGAGACCAGAGUCCAGCUGACUCCACCAAACCGAUGGAGAAAAUGGAGAAGCAGCGGAAGUAAAAAAAAGUGCAUGCACAGAGGCCAGAGAGCGAAAGGAGAGGACCAAAGCCCCCUGUGCUGGGGCAGCCUGGGACGUGAUCAGCCCU